CGGGCUCGCUUUCCGUUUGUUGUCCUGGAGACUUUCUUUCUUACUAGCACACAUUGGCUUGUGGUGCUACUUGUGCAAAUAAUCUCAUAAUACAGUCAUCAUCAUCGUCUGCUUCCGUCGUCAUGGGACGGUAUCAACUUCGGCGGCCUACACCCAUCCAAAUCUUUGCGACACGCUUAAAGCGACAAGAAGCUGGCCUUGGGGCAGUCGGUCCUGGCAGCGAAGAAGAAGAAGGUCCAGAGAGCCCGGACUCACCUGGAAGCAGCCCGUCGACCACAGGUGCACCAUCUCCUGCCAGUAGCGUGGGGCCUGAGAAAGAUGAACCACCUUCACUGCAAGAGAGUAAUACGAGUAGCUUAGGUCAAGCAUCGUCAAUCUUGGUACCCAUAUCCACAUCAACGUUCAGUUCAUCGUUGCCACCCAGUUCAAGUUCUCGACCAACACCUGCUGUGUCAAGUACGCCUCCAAGCCAAUUACCUUCCAGCGCAUCGACCCAACCCUCGUCUAGUUCCACAACAACGGCGCCUUUGCCAGCGUUCACGCAGACACCAACGUCGCGAGGUAUCGGCGCCGUUGCGCCACCGCAAGCCACGAGUCCAACAACAGCUACGAGUCCAACAACAACUACGAGCCCAACAACAGCGACGAGGUCAACAACAGCGACGAGGUCAACAACAUUAACGGCGGUCACUUCGAUUCGACCGACUUCUACCACAACGUCCAGCUCUCCAACUUCUUCCACCUCCCCAGUUUCGCAAAUCUUUUCCACCAGAGUAGCUCGACCAACCCAACCAGUCACUAGUUCAGUCUCAACAUCACGACCAACAUUCACUGGCGUGCCAGUCGGGGAAACUGAUCCUCCACGACGAACACGACCUCAGCCCACACUAAUGAGCAAAGGCGCCGAGGCAGCUGCAAUAACUCUUAGCAUCAUUGGUGCCGUAGCACUCGCAGUAUGCGUUCUCUUCUACUGCAAACGCCGUCGCCGUAGACGCAACGAAAAGCUUGAAGCAGAGCUAGAGCGCGACGCGGCUAACUAUGCCGCUGCUGUACGCGCCCCAGACACAGCGCACGUCAAGAGCUCCAUCGCGCCGUUUGCAAGUAGUCUCCCGCACAUGACCCAGUCAUCAGAAAGCAACACCCUCUUUGGCCCUGGUUCCUACUCGCGCCCGGAAACCGUCUCGACACGCAAUGGCUCACGGAUCCGGCAAACGGCAAAUCCUUUUGCAGACCCGCCUCUCAACAAAGCGUACGAUGUACUUGCCGGUCGGCCACGGUCGACCACGCUCACGGACCGUGGGAGCUGGGUCAAAAACCCGUUCAAGAACCCCGAGAGUGAGCGCUUUGAUCCGUUUGGCGAGUUGCAGGCAAAGGCACGAAGGGAGCGUGUGAAGCAAGUUGAGCUGGCGAGGCAGGAGGCUGAGCUAGAACGGCAAUUUGAAGCGAAGGAGAAGAUGGGCCUCAUGCCGCCUGAGAUGGCGAAGGAUCGGAAGGGGAGUGGAGUCACGCUGGAAGGAUUAGGGGUGUUGGAUCGCAGCGGUGGGGGCAAUUAUCGCUGAGAACAUGUAGUGUGGCUGACAGUAAUCUACGCAUUAUAACACGAACAUUUCCCUCAGAACAGAAAUUCGUUCCCGUAACAAAAGAGUGUGCUGAUCUCAUGGUGAUAUAAGCCAAGGAAAAGUCAGCUCUCAUGUUGUAGGACAAACGAUGUGAGCCAAGUAUUCUACCACGCAACAGCAGAGUAGGGAAAAUGCAAGAAAAGUCUAUAAAACACUUUCUUGUCUACAACUUAGCUAACCCUAGACUAAG